AUGCCGGUUCCUGCCAUCGAAAUUAUAGAUAAUCCUUCAGUCGCUCACAACGACGGAGACUCCAGAAAUGCAACGCGCGUUAAAGUGUCUGUGGUUGGGGCUGGUGGAGGUAUUGGGCAAUCGCUCUCUUUACUGUUGAAGGUGAAUCUAAAUAACUUGCUAGCAAAUGACCCAUCGGCAAAUGCAAGCAUAGAAUUAUCUCUGUUCGAUGUCAAUCUGGAAAACUUAAAAGGCGUCACUGCAGAUUUGUCGCAUAUUAAUAAUAAAAUCAGACUGCAAGUGACGGACAAUUUAGCUGAAAAUGUAAAGGAUUCAAAUUUAAUCAUUAUUGCUGCAGGUGUCCCAAGAAAACCAGGUAUGACGAGAGAUGAUCUAUUCAAUAUAAAUGCAGGUAUAAUAAAAAAUAUUGCCACCGAUAUCAAUAAUGCAAAUGCAUGCAACUCUCAAAACAGCGGCAACUCAAGUUUUAUAUUGUUGAUUUCAAAUCCGUUGAAUUCACUACUGCCAGUUUUGCAAAAUUCUUUAAAUGAAAAUUGGAUAGGAAAAUGUUUUGGUAUCACUGAAUUAGAUUUAGUGAGGGCCUCGACGUUUUUGGAACCUUUAUUGCAAAGCAAUAGCGGAAACAAUGCGGAAAUGCCUUAUAUUCCAGUGAUUGGUGGCCAUUCCGGCGACACAAUCUUGCCAGUGUUUUCACAGAUCACCGCAAACAACUUCACAAGCUCACUUUACGAUCUAGUACGCGGUCCAGAUUCACAGAUCAUAAGAAAAUUGAUAAAUAGAGUUCAAUACGGUGGUGAUGAAAUCGUAGAGGCUAAAAAUGGUAAAGGUUCCGCUACUUUAUCAAUGGCCUAUUCCGCUUACAGAAUUGCAGAACAAUUCACAGCUUUGCUCUUGAAUCAAGUUAAGACGGUCGAAUCAAUCCUAUAUACAACCAUCGUGGGCAAAGACUUUGAAACCCCAUUAUCAACCGUAGAGGGCGCAGCGGAGUUGCAUGACCAAUACUUGGAACGCAGGCUAAAAUUCUUUGCCACCGCCUGCACAGUAGAGAAACUAUCAGGGUUAACAAAAAUUGAUAAUAAAAUUAUAGGCAAUCUAAACGCAUUUGAAAAAGAUAAUCUCCUUCCAACUUGUAUAGACAGUUUGCAAAUUAAUAUCGAAAAAGGUUUAAGUUUCUAG